CACGACGUUCCUCCCGAUGGACACCGUCAGCGCGCUCCCUGACAGGGUCCUCGAAAAGAUCGUCUCCCUCCUCCCUCUGAACGACAUGCUCCGCACCUCCCUUCUCUCCCGCCGCUGGCGCCGCGUCUGGACCACCGUUCUCGCCUUCGACUUCACCGAUGCCGCCGACGACGAUGUCAACGUCUACAUCUCCAGAAUCGACAGCUGCCUGGAGCAUCUAUCGGCCUCCCCCUCCUGCGUGACGAUCCCCUCUAUCGUCUUCCCCGCCAUCCAAGACUCCGACGUCGUCGACCGCUGGAUCCGCUUCGCCGCCGCCCACUCAGUCCAGCGCCUCCAAUUGGCCAUGUGGAUGGACUACACCCCCCCAAUCCCCUUCACCCUUCCCCUCUCCCUCUUCCAAUUAUGCCGCGGCCUCACGGCCCUCGACAUCUCCAGCUGCGAAAUCCCUGCCGUCCUCGAGCCUGCCAUCAGCCCUGCUUUCCCCUCCCUCCGCUCCCUCUCCCUCUUCGAAGUCACCAUCGCCAAUCCGCUGGCGUUUUUCGCGCAGUGCCCGGCGAUCGAGCGCCUCACUGCGGAGCUCCUCGACGAGGACGAUCUCCUCCCCGCCUCCGCCUUCCGCUCCUGCCCCCUCCUCUCCACCCUCAGCCUCGCCCGAUGCACCGUCCCCCGCGAACACCCCUCCGCCGGCCCUCCCGCCUUCCCCUCCCUCCGGGCCCUCGAACUCGACAACGUCAGCGUCGCCGCUCCCCAGUCGCUGCUCAACUCGUGCUCCGUCAUCGCGGAGCUCACCAUCAAGGACCCUCCGGAAGGUUUCGCUUUCCGCCUCGACCCCCGCCACACCGUCUCCACCCUCCGGAUCUCCAGUCCGACCGUCCUCCCUCUCUCCCUCCCCUCCUCCUCCCUCCGCACGCUCGUCCUCUCCGAUCUCGAAAUCGCCAACCCGCAGGCGCUCAUCCGGGCAUUCCAGGGGCUCGAACUCCUCUCCUUUGAAAGUGUCUGGUCCGAGACCGGAGCUGAUUCGGGAAUCCAGGUUCGAGCGCCGAGGAUGAGGCACCUCAUGGUGCAGGAUUCCGAGGAGCUCGGCACCGUCAUUGUCGCUGACACUCCCCAGCUCUGCGGUCUCUUCUACUGGGGCGACAUCCGCUAUCUUGGAGUGUUCGACCAUGCCAUCCCGAAGCUGGAGGAGGCCUUUCUGCAUUGCAUGGUCAAGAAUCCUUAUGGCGGAAAAUACCACCUGUGGAAGAACUUGAUGCAGCCGCUCUCCCACGUUAGGCUGUUGUCUGUCAACUGGUGGUUCAUUUGUGAGUUUAUGCAAGGAUGUCCUGUUGGGAGUGAGCGGCUGACAUUUGACAAACUCGAAGAGUUCCAUUGGUGGCCUGUGUUCAAGAAAUAUGCAGCAGCCCCAUUUGGGAAGUGGUACACCAAAAGGCUGUCACCCAUCAUCGUUUUGUCACUUCUUGAUUUCCUGGAGUGUUGCCCGAACAUACAACACCUAUGCAUUGUCGUAUGCGCUGCAAUUGCCUUUGCAUCAUGUUGCUUCCCGCGUUCGGUUUCUUGAAUGUAACUUUCCGCCCUUUAAAUGUUCAGAGCACGAAUUCUGUACCGGAGAGCCCACCGCCAGUAGUCCCCUCAGCAAAAGAAAAUGAAGAUGAAUUUUUGAUCAUGAUGGAGAAUAGUAUUGAUUUAAACCAAACCGAAGGUUUGCAGAUCGUGCAAAGAGUACCGAAUAUUGGCGAGAGCUCGCUGCCUCAACUAAAGAAAUUCACGAUGCAUCGAUUCUCCGGAGGGCCGGGAGAUAUGUGCUUGCUGUACUUUGUGGGGUUGAAGGGUUGUGCUCUACAGCACAUACAUCUGUAUUAUAUGAUAGGUUCAAGAGGGGCAACGCACAGGAUUCAAAGCACUGUCUACCAUUACUUCUCUACAUGCUCUCCGCAUGCUAUUCUUCAGUUCUCGGAAUGUUCUUCUGAUGAAACCUGCCCAAGGCAUGCGGAGUUAUGUAUGCAUGAGUUUUCUGAUUGAAUCAUGGUGGUUUAGAUUGGCUGCAGCUGUGACAAAUUGAGAUGGGGCUCUCCUGUCACUUUCUUUUUCUUUUUUUUUUUGUUUUGUUAUCUCGAAUGUAUAGAACACAUGUACUGUGUACAGAUCAUACUUUCUUACUUGUUUCAGAAACAUGCAAGGAGUGGGAACAAUA